AUGGCACACGCGAGCAUCCAAUCUGACGAGGCACCAGACGACACGAAAUCGUACCGGUUCACCCCGACGCAAGACUGGUUCUCCUUCAACGUCGACGCAUGGAAGAUAUUGUUUCCGCGCGUUCAGUCGCCACACCCCCGCGUCCUAGAGAUCGGCUCAUGGGAGGGGCGUUCUGCCGUCUUUCUCGCCACGGAAUUAUGCGGCGAGGGCGGCGAGGUCGUCUGUAUCGACCACUUCGACCUCAUGCAGUCAGCGGCAGGACGAGAACGCUACUCCAAAAUCACUCACAACCUAUCAUUGACCGGCAAACGCUUCCGCAUCCUCGACGAGUUCAGCUUCCCCGCCCUCAUGGUGCUGUUGAAGGAGGAGAUGGAUAAUCCGAACCCCGGGUAUGACUGGAUCUACGUCGACGGGUCCCACGAGGCCGAUGACACCUUCCUCGACGGCGAGCUUGUAUGGAGACUCGCUAGGAAGGGUGCCAUCGUUAUCUUCGACGAUUACCACUGGGACAAAGAGCCCGCAGACAGCAUCCAUCACCCCAAACGCGGCAUAGACGCGUUCAUGACGCUUCACCGCGGAGAGUUCGACGUUUUGUCGAGCCCGGAGCAGUAUCAGGUCGUCUUGCAGAAGACCACAGAGAUGCGAAUCGGCUUCCUCGCGAGGGAGGUUGGCCAUGGGCUCGAUCGUGCCCUCGGAUAUGGUAUACAUGUUGCUUUGACGGUGGACGCCUCCUACGCGAUGGCAGCCGGUGUCGUCAUUCGAGGUUGCAUCAAACAUACAUCCGCCAGGAUUACCUUCUACAUCGUCGACCUCGGUCUCUCGCUUGGCGACCGUCAGAGAUUGGAGUCUUGCACGAAGUCCGCGAACGACGCCACCGCUGUUUUCGUCACUUUACCGCAGGGAGGUCUCACCGCGAAGGGAGGAAAGACGUGGGCAAAGCUUGACAUGAUCCCAGUGCUCCCCGUCGAGCGAGUUCUGUACCUCGACGCCGACGUCCUGGUCAGGGCGGACCUACGGUCACUCUGGGACAUCGACCUCGUAGGGAGACCACUCGGGACUGUCAGAGACGUCGGCUUUCCUAUGGGACACGAGGGUAUGCACAGGGGGCCCUACUUCAACGCUGGGGUGCUCCUCAUGGACCUCGCCCGGAUUCGUACGGAGUGGGACGCGCUGACCGCUACUGCGGAGACCUUGCUCGGUGCCGAGUACGCGGACCAGGACGCGCUCAACACACAUUUCCGUGACACCUGGCUCCCGCUUCCGAUGAAGUGGAACGCACAGGGACUCGGCACAUAUGCUGAACUCCAGUCGGCGGACAGAGCGCUCAUCGAGGCAGGUCUGUCGGAGAUGAAGAAUGCGGCGAUCGUGCACUUCACCGGUCCAGUCAAUCCGGCCAUGGAGCAUAUCAUGAAUCCGUACCUGCAGCCGUACACCGCCAAGCCAUGGGGUUAUGCGGGCGCGCCAGGACACCCGUACACCAGCGAAUGGUGGAAGGCCCUCGACGAGACGCCGUGGGCGGGGUGGCGCCUCACGGACGAACAUAAGGAAUACUGCGCCUCUGAACGUGGCAAGGCGAUGCAGUCUGCUUGUCAACGGUUCACCGACAAAGUGAGAAGCGUCACGGACGUGGCUUGAGCGGAGAAACACAACUACAGGUGACAGCUUGAUUCGCACUCCAAUGUACUCAUCAGUCGAGAGACCAU